AUGUUAACAGGACGCUCAGUUACAGGUAUCCUGCAUUUGAUCAAUGGGACUCCAAUUGACGCUUUCUCUAAGAAGCAAUCUACUGUUGAGACUGCCACAUACGGAUCUGAAUUUGUUGCUGCAAGGACUUGUGUUGAACAGAUCAUGGAUCUGCGAUACACAUUGAGAUAUCUCGGAGUACCAAUCCAAGGUCGAAGCUACAUGUUUGGAGACAAUGAAUCUGUUGUGAACAGUUCAUCCAGACCCGACGCAAAACUCCACAAGCGACAUGUUGCACUGUCAUUCCACCGUGUGAGAGAAGCUGUUGCAUCCAACAUGCUUUCAUUCAUUCACAUGGAUGGUGACAAGAACCCUGCAGACAUCCUCAGCAAACAUUGGGGAUAUCAACAAGUUUGGCCGCAGCUCCGAACCUUACUGUUCUGGCAAGGAGACACCAUUGACGAGGGAUAG